CUCUCCUCUGUCCGCCCCCUCCGCCCAUUCCCUCCCGCCGCGCGCCCCCUUUCCCCGACAAUAUCGCCAACACAUGGAAAGUCACCCCCCGGAGGGCAGCUUAUGCUCGGCUAGCAGUGCCAGCCUCAGGCUGGUCGAGGUGCCGGCCGUCGACCGGUCGCCGGCCCCGCCGCCGGGCGCCACGCCGGCCAGCGAGUCUGACGAUGAGGCCCCCACGACACCUGACACCCACGAGGAGGCGGUUGAUGCGCCUCUCCAGCCAGCCGGCCCCAUGCCCGGCGGCCUCUCGGUUCUGUCACUCCCCGGGGCCGAGGAGGACCGCCGCUCGCUGCUGGGGGACCCACUGGUGGCGGCCACGGCCGCCAGCCAUCGGGCCACCUUUCUCAGCGGGUCGCCACGGACCGUGGCCACCGGGCAGGGCAUCCCCCAGAUGCAAUCCCUGCUCGAGGCCGAGGCGGCCAGUAGCCCGCUGGACGCGGCUGAAGGCCAUGCUCGGGCCUCCUUCGAGUCGACCCUCCCCCGACACCCUUCGGAGAGCGUCUGGCUGGGGGUGGUCUCGGCGUCGCGCCUGCACCGACAGCCCGAACCGGACCCCAGUGGCAACCUCACCCCGCCGGACAGCCCGAGCGCUGAUACCCUGCAAUUGAACGCCCAGGACGAUCCGCUCGGCGUGAACCUCGGCUUCGGCAACAUGGCCAACGACUUCAGCCUGGCCGAGGACGACUUUGCCAUGCCGGCCCGGCGAUCGGAGGCGUCGGCCCUGACCGCUGCUGGCCGCCCGUCCCAGGCCUCUCAAUAUACCGCGGCGUCGAUAUACGCGCGGUCGAUGGCCACCGCGGCUGGCGCCGAUCCCGACUCGGAGUCCGAUCCCGGGAGCCAGGCCGCCCCCUUGGCUUCGUGCCCCCGCUGGCCUCCGGUCCAGCGGCUCAUCUCCCAAUGGUCCUGGUUCUUCUCCUGGAACCGGCUCUUCCGUGCCAGCAAGGAGACCUUCGCAUACAUGGGCGUGUCCCUGUUCUGUCUGAUCGAUCCGAUCAGCGACUUCAUGGGCACCUACUCCUACCUGGCCCCGAUCAUGACCCUUUUCACCCUGUCCAGCGAUUCCUUCGGUCGGAACCUGCGGUUCUUCUUCUUGGCCAACCUUGGCAAUGCCGUCGGCUAUUCGUUCGGCGCGAUUGCCCUAUUGACCAACCACCCGGCGCCCAAGAUCGUUCUCCUCUUUCUGGGGCUCUUCUCCUUCACCCUCUUCAAGACCAUCCGCCCGGAGCUUUGGGCCAUCGGCCAUGUGAUGAGCAUCAACAUGCUGGUGAUCGUGUCGCAGCGAGGCCCCACGUCGGCGGCCCUCAAGAAUGCCUUCGAUCUGUUCAAGCCCAACAUCUUUGUCCUGAUCUUCAUCCUGCUGCUGUCGUUCCUGCUCUUCCCCCGAUGGGGGAGCCGCGACUCCGAAACCGACAUCGCUGAGGUUCUCCGCUGCGUGGACCAAAGCCUCCAGCUGUCGGUCAUUGACUUCAUCGCCGCCACGGAGAAUGCCUCCGGCGACGCGGUUCCCAAUGGCUCACCUCCUGGCGGGCCCCUCGCCUUCGAUGCCUGUCCGCACUGUCGCCUCCCGGCAUCCAUCUGCUCCCUGUCCCCCUGCAGUGCCCUGACGGACUCCACCCACGAGGAGCCCAUCUGCCAGCAAUGCUACACCCUGCUUUUCUACACCCUGGCCAGCCAGGAGCCCAUCAUCCCGGCACCGCCGGUGUGCCUGCUGCGCGAGGCCCGUGCCAGCCCGCGACGCCGGCCUCUCAUCCGCCCAGCCGCCAGCCAGCGCCCACCUGCCCCGCUGCCUGCUCGCCAUCGGCGGUCUGCGGGCAAGCAUCGCCCUGCCCAUCGGCGUCGGUCCUUGGCUCCGGUCCUUCCCACUCGCCUGGCCCUGUUGCAAGCCAUCCAGCAAAGCACCCGGCCACAAGCCCCGACCCCCGGCGACCCGACACUGGAGGAGCACCGAAAACGGCACCUGGCCCAGCUGGGCGCCACGCGUUCUUCGAUCACCCAGCUCGGUGCUCGGCAAAUCGAGGCCGAGUGGGAGUUUGGCCGUGUUUUCUGGCACUACGAUCGGUACCGGCAGAUUGGCGACAUCCUGCACCAAAUGGUGCGCCUCGUCGGGGCCAUGGGCUGCACGGUGCACACGCCGCCGCCCCCCGCGGGCCCGACGGCCCCCGGGCCGGUCCCCCGGCCCAUGCCCACCCUGCUGCCCGAGCUGCCGAGUCUGGACAUCCUGCGUGCCGGUGGCAGCACCUUGCCCCUCACCUCGAAGCACAUUGUGACCACUGCCACCCUGGCGACCGGUCGUUGCCGUAGCUGCAAUCGGCCGGUUGCGGUCCAGCCGCAGGCCAUGCGCACGGGCCCCGGGGCCCCGGCCCGUGGCUACCCCCUGCAGAGCACCCUCCGGCAUCCGCUGGCCCUCGGCGGAGGCACACACCGGGCGGCCCCUGCGACGGCAAAUAUGCCAGCCAUCCCGGGCUUGGCUCGGCCUCGCCCGGCUGGCUUGCUGAGCGCCCUCCCCCCAGCGCCCACCGGCCAGACGGAUGUGGAUGCCAUCCAGCAGUACCUGCUGCUGAUGAAGGAUGCCGUGAUCCUCGGCCAGCGGCGCUUUUCCACCUACGUCCAGGAGCUGGCCGAGUUCAGCAUGAAGAAUUCCUCCAGUCGAGCCUUCUGGUGGGUGCGCUGGUGGUGGCCCACCGGCCCGCGGCGCAUCCUCAAGGGCGAUGAACCCUUCGACACCUUCAUCAUCGAAGACCUGACACGCGUGGUCCGCGACUUGGAAACCUUCGAGCGCGAUGCCAUUCGCGGCAUCAACCCGGCAGUCGACAUUACCAAGCUCCACUACAAGAUCUUCAACAUGCGCGAGCUGCUGAUCGGCCUCAUCUCGCUCUUUGCCCUGACCAAUGCCACAUGCAUCGAGCGCACCUCCCUUUGGCGCAAUCUCUGGCGUCUCUUCGUCAACACAUUCAUUGUGUCCUCCUCUCAGAGCAAGCUCCGCCGGCAGGUGGUCACCUCGAGCAGCACCCUCUCCUCCACCGCCCAUGCCGGCGUGGUUGGCGGCUUGUACACCUCCUCCCUGCCGGACCCCGGCCGCCUGCAAGACGCCAAGUAUCUGGAGUCGCAGCGCAUCCUCCGCGAAGCCGAGGCCAUCAGCCACAGCCCUGGCCAUCGUGCUCGAUCGGCCUUCAUGCGCCUGCGCCUGCGUACCUGGCAGCUGCAUGACAUAAUUACGCGGUCGAUCAAUGUCCGUUUCGCCCUCAAGAUCAGUGGCACCCUCACGUUGCUGGUGGUCCCGACCAUUGUCGACUCUACGGCCACGGUUUGGUCCUACUGGUCGGUCCUGUGGUCGGCCAUGACUGUUCUCCUCGUGUCGCAGCCCUCCUUCGGCGGGUUCUUCCCACAUGCCUUGUACCGCAUCAUCGGCACGGUGGCCGCCGCCGCCUGGGCCAUCAUCAUGGACGUGGCCUUCGGCCAGUCCUUCUGGGCCACGACCGGCAUGCUGAUCCCCCUCAUUUUUGUCGGACAGUACAUCCGCCUGUUGCCCUCCUCGGCAUCCGGCCUCGGGGUGCAAAUCAUCGGUGCCGCCUUCCCCAUCAUCCUGGCCUUCUACAAGAGACCCUACAAUCCGCCGGUCUACACCAACAUCUAUGAGAUUGCCUACAAGCGCGGCGUGGCCCUCAUCCUGGGUUUGAUCAUUGCCAUCCUCAUCCACCGGCUCAUUUGGCCGUACCUGGCGCGCGUGGUCCUCGAGCGCAAGCUGGCCGCCGUCUUCGCCACGCAGGGGGUCAUCUUUUCACGCCUGCAGUCAGCCAUUACCACAUUCAAUCCGGCCCUCCUGGCGGAGAGGCAUCUGCUGGCCAGCGACAAGUCGCGCGCGGCCAAGGCCGUCGGGCAUGCGGCCGCCCACCAGCGAGACAUCGCCGAUGCCUCGACCGACGUCUUCAAUGAGGUCCUCCGACAUAUGAGCUUCUCCAGCCCGCCGCGCCUGCCGCUGAUGGACACGUCGGCCGUGGUGACGGCCGUAGCCGCACGUAGCCGUGCCGGCUCGCGCGCCGGCUCGCGGCCUUCAUCCACCUCGGACAUCGAGCUUGAGAGCCUGGGCCCCUGGGCCAGCAACACGGCCCAACGGUCAGAUCCUCCCUCCCCGGCGUCGGACGCCGGGCCCGCUCCGCCGGGCCCCGGCUCCGGAGACAAGUCUCCGCCCGAACCGUCGAACGCCCUGCCCGCCCUCAAGGGCCACAGUCGCCUGGACCUGGAGAAGGGCAAGCAGCAUGCGUCGCUCUUCGGGCACCCGCUGCGAGCGCUCGAUGCCGCCGUCAAAAAGCGCGACCGACUGUAUGUCCGCAUCCAGGUAACCCUGCAACAGUGUCGGGCCCUGCACACGAUCGCCCUCAAUGAGCCCCGGUGGAUGGGCAAGUGGGAUGGCCCGCGGUACAACAGCCUCAUCCUCGGGUGUGCCAGCCUGCUGGAGCAGAUUUCCAGCCUCCGGGUGAUUGCCCGCCGGGUGGAAGCCGCGCGCAUCGCCUGCUCCGGGCAAUUCCACCGAUAUGUCCGCCGGGUAUUGACCCCGGGGCAGCUGGACACCCUCCGGGGGGAUCCCCGCCUCGGGGCCUGGCUGGCUCGGCAGUAUGUCCUCUUCGAUCCCUUGAGCCCGGUGACCGCGGCCCUGGCCAGCCCGACCGGCCAGCGGGCCACCUCGUCCAUCCUCCUCGGGUAUCACAUCCUGUCGAUCACCGUUCGCGGGAAGUUGGCCCUGCCAUACAACUUCCCGGACUGCCUCGGCUCCAUCGACCAGCUGAUCUGCCGGCUGCGCCAGGCCACCGAGGAGGUCCUGGCUCGCGACCGCCAAACCCGAGCCGAGUCUCGAUGGGCUCCGGCGGCCGGCUUGAUUCCACCCACCGGCUUUCCCUUCCCCCCGCCGAAGCUCCCGGCCUCCCUCUCCUCCUGCUCGCUGCUGUCCCUGCCGCCGAACUACAACAGCACCGGAGGCAGCGGCACCAGCCCGACCGGCGCCGAUGAAGCUGGCAGCUCGCUCGGCAGCGGCGGCCACUCCCCCAUCAGUUUGGAGUCCCUCCCGCGCAGCGCUCUCCCAACCAUCGAGUCGGCCUAUGCGCUGCUCUGCCCGCGCGACUUGGAGGAGCGUCUGAUGCUCAUUUUCGCCUUCACAUUCACCAUCCGGUCGAUUGCCCUCAAAAUGGCCGAAAUGGAGGACAUCCUGCGCGCUCUCUUCGGCACCACCCACGCCCCGUCCCGCUCGCUGUUGGACUAGACACACGCAUCCCGGCGGCCGGGGGAGCUUGCCCAGCUGCCUCCCAUCCUUCCCCCCCCCCCCCCC